AUGCUGGAAGAUGCAAAUGAGGCGUGUGAAAUGACUUGUUCACAUGUGGAAGAUGAUGUAUGCUUUGAUUUAACUCUGGGAAGACCGUCACUAGAACAUGAUUACUUAUCCGCCAAUGAUCCUAUGCUUACCAGUUCACUGGCAAAAGCUUUUGAUGCUGACUCACGGCUCACUGCUAUCAUCGAUGAUGUUGCCAGUGCUGAUUUAUCUCACUUCGGGACUGGACUAAGUGAUAGUUUUUCGAGUUCAGCAUCGAUGAGCAAUAUUACUGUUCAACAAAAGUGGCUCUCAGUGACACCUUCAUCUUCCAGAAAAAAGGCUACUAUAGUCACUUGUGAAUAUUGUGGCGUUGUUCUUAAGCAUCCUUCGAAAAUUGAAGCGCACCGACGGACACACACUGGUGAAAAGCCAUUUGAAUGUCAGAUUUGUGGCUCAAGGUUUACACAGCGUACACCAAUGCGAAUGCAUGUACGACGUCAUAUGGGCCUAACUCCUUACGCAUGUUCGUGGGGAUGUGGUAAACGUUUCGUUUCAAAUGCAUUGAAGAAUGCGCAUGAAUUGAAAACUCAUAUGGGAGCUAAAAGACGUGGCCCACCUCGGCCUCAUCUCAAGCCACCAAGGUGUUCAUUGCCUACAAACAUAAUUGAAAAAACUGAUAACAAUGAAAGAAUUGCUAGAGUUUCCGGUUGUCACACACGUUGUAAUGAACAAAUAUCAUUAAACUUGGGUAUUGAAAAUAGACAAAUGAAUGAGGUACUCGAUGAGAUUAUUGCUUCAAAUUCUUUUCCCACGGAGCAAAAAAUUAAAGUACACCGAAAAAAAGCUUUGAUAGCUCGAUGUCAGCAAUGUGGUUUGCUUUUGAAACAUCCUUCCAAAAUUCAAGCACACAUGCGAACACAUACGGGUGAACGUCCAUUCGAAUGUGCUUUAUGCGGGAUGCGAUUUGCAACUGCUAAUCCAUUGAGGGUGCACUUUCGACGUGAGAAGCCAUUUGAAUGCACAUGGGAGUGUGGACGGCGUUUCGUCUCAGUGUCGGCUCGUAAUGAACAUGAACGAAUCGUACACGCAGGCAUUAAAAGAUAUCGUUGUUCAAUUAAUAAUUGUCAUAGAAUGUUUACACGACGUCGUUAUCUGAUAAUGCACCAAGCAAAAGAGCACAAGGAUGUUACACAACAAGCUGAUAAUGCUAUCCAAUCUGUCCUUAACAUGGUAAAACAAGAUAGAGAAAAAACCAGGGGGAGUACAAUGUGGUCUUCUGAAAUACCGGAUAGCGAUGAUAUAGAGAAAAUUUGGACGAGAGAUAGAACUUUAACUGGGGAACAGGCUGAAGAACAGUAUGUUAAUAUCGAUCACGAAAAUGAGAUGCUAGAAUGUGCCGAUGUUAGAAUUGCAAAAGGAGAGGAAGAUGAUGACUUGAUAAAUGAAGAAAGCUGUCGGCAGGUGAUAAUUGAUGGGACCGAUGAGGUCGUUGCAUUGGAAAGAAAUUAUUUUGUGCAAGCAAAUGAAGUAUAUUAUCUUGAUCAAAAUGAUGGAGUUCGAUUGGGGUAUAACGAACAACAGCAACAGCUUCCUGAUAGCCAUCAAUUUGCAAAUGAAACAGAGCCAUCUAUCGUUUCUCCUGACAUCAGUGAAAGGACAGAAAAUAGAAAUAUUUAUGCAGUUUGCGAAGAAAAUACCACAAUUUUGCCCAAAUAUGGUCGCGUUCGAAUUAUUAAAUCAAUUACAAAAAUAUCUUAA